AUGGCUCUGCCUGUGCGGAGGGGGCUCCCGACCGACAUCCCCUUAAAGACAAGUUGUCCUCUGCUCCUCGCCCUCAAGACAAAGAGCCCGAGGCGGCCCCAUCAGGCAGCUGUCCCCACGCAGAGCCGCAGGGACCGGGCACCGCCCGCAGCCCCAGCUGCGUGCUCCCCCGGGGGGGCAGCCGUGCAGGCUCCUGCAUUUCAAUGUAAACGGACGCCUCUGCUUGCAGGUGCCUUCUGCAUUCCCCUUUAUGUGCCCUAUGUGCUGACAGGCAGAUGGAUCUUCGGCAGAAGCCUCUGCAAACUCUGGCUGGUAGUUGAUUACCUGCUCUGCACCUCUUCGGUCUUCAACAUCGUACUGAUUAGCUAUGACAGAUUUCUCUCUGUGACAAGAGCGGUCGCCUACAGAGCCCAGCAAGGCAAUACCAAGCAAGCAGUGCUGAAGAUGGUGAUGGUUUGGGUAUUAGCAUUCCUGCUCUAUGCCCCUGCCAUUAUCAGCUGGGAGUACAUAUCAGGCCAGAGUAUCAUACCCACUGGGGAAUGCUACGCUGAAUUUUUUUACAACUGGUAUUUUCUCAUGACAGCCUCUACGCUGGAGUUUUUCACCCCUUUCAUCAGUGUCUUGUUUUUCAACCUGAGCAUUUACCUGAACAUACAGAAGCGUACCAAAAUACGCCUGGAUGUUUUCCACAAAGUAUGCAACCAGUCCUUCACUGAAGAGAUGGAAACGAGCCCAGAAGCAAAGCUUUCUUUGAAAUGCUGUAAGUGGGAGCAGAAGGAGCCAGCUGAAACCCUCGGCUUCUCUAAGAGCAAAGCACAACAAGCAGCCUCCACUGCCAGGCUGAGCGCAAAAGAUGUGCUGACAACAAGCUCAGAAAGCUCUGAAAAACCAAAGUAUUACCACAAGAAGAGCUGUAAAAAUACAGCAUCUACUCUGUCCUUAGAGAAACGAAUGAAGAUAGUCUCCCAGAGCAUGACUCAACACUUCAGGCUCUCUAGAGACAAGAAAGUGGCCAAGUCACUGGCAAUCAUUGUGGGCAUUUUUGGGAUUUGCUGGGCACCGUACACUCUCCUCAUGAUCAUCCGUGCCGGCUGCCAUGGCCGCUGCAUCUCUGAUUACUGGUAUGAGACUUCCUUUUGGCUGUUGUGGAUCAACUCUGCUGUCAACCCUGUCCUAUACCCUCUUUGUCACUACAGCUUCAGAAGAGCUUUUAUUAAACUCCUCUGUCCGAAGAAGCUAAAGAUUCAACCUCACAAUCCCCUUCAGAACUGUUGGAAGUGAACCCAGGCCUGUUUAUGGAUGAGAAGAGCCUCUCUUAAUUCACCUGUGUUACAGAAAAGUAUCGUAGUUUGCUUCCUUGAAAGAAUCUGGGGGCACUGGUCUGGGCAGAUGUGAGGAAGGCAGCAGAGGAGACCGGUAUUACUUUCUUCCAGUCCAUCAACAACAAAAACACGCAAAAGAAAGGGGUGAGUUUUUUGACAUUAACCACGGUCCCAAAAUCUGUGUCCUCUACUAUAAGGUGCCACAAAAGAGCUCUGCUGCCACCUAGUCAGCCAGAGUGGCACCAGCAUUUUGUUAAAACAAACAAAAAUAACAACUAAAAAUAUAAAAGCUAACAAAUACAAACAUUUAACCUAAAAACAUUGGAUUGAACUACAGUUUACCUACUUUCAAAUCAGAUAUUUUUGCAAAUGGGAGGGUAUUACACAUCUGUGUAAAUAUUACACAUCUGUGAUGAUGCAGAAUUUCAAACUUUUUUCAAGGAAAAAACCACCUCAUUUGUCAUUUUGGCUACCACAACUACAGCCAUAAUCUAGAUUCCCAUUGCAGAUGGCACAGUAGGUGUCCUCCCCCCCGCCAAAAGGGGGCAAAUCUUUGCCCCAAGGAGUCUACAGCCAGACUUAGGAGAACCCAGCAUCCUCAAGCUCCCUGUUGGCAUUCCCUCAUCCUUGCUUCAAAACUGAUACAAUUUCUUUCGCAGACAACCACACAUCAGCCAACGCCCACACUCCCCAUGGGAGCAAUUCCCUAUGCUCCUUGCCAAUGGUUCCUGUCUCUUCUUCUAUGUAUUCUUAUCAAACUCACCUCCUUUGGAAAGCUUACCUCUCCUCUUUCAAGCAUCCUUCCUCAAGCGUGGUCCCAUAAUGGACUUGUCUGCCUUUCCCCAUCUAGACUGUCAGCUGUUUGCAGGCUUUGCAAUGUACUAUACAGAUGGAGAAGAGCAAUGCAACAUGAGUGACUUUCAGACUGGAGAUGCCCAGCGAGAGCAAGCAUGGUCAUUGGUUUUCACAGAUGCUGGGAGUCCAGCCAGACCGGAAAAACACAGCUGUUGUGCCUGCGUGAAAGAUGUCAGGUUCCCCGUGUAGUCUCUCUCCUGACAACCCAAAGGUAUCUUUAAAUAUCUUCUGCAAGAUCUUAAAAAUGCUCUUUUGGCAAUGUGUGGUAGAAUAAAAGGCGCUAGGAGAAGUGAAGUUUGCAUUCUGCUUUUCAAGUUAGUUGCAGACCUCUUAAUUUUUGCAAGCUCCAAAUCUCUUGCAUGCUUCCUGUGGAAAAAAAACAGAGACUGUAAUCUAGCUGAUCCAAGUAACACAGGCAUCAAAUUAUUUUUCUUUUAAGCAGUCAGUUAGUUUCACAAAGACUAGUUGAAUCUAGUUUCUAGUUGAUCUAGUUUCACCAGAUUCAAGAGGCUAGGGUUCUAUCCUCAGUCUGAAUGUGAGACUUUGGGCAUUUUGUCUCUGCUUCCCAUCUCACACUUCAUAUUCGCCUGUUUAGUCUAUAAUCUCUGUGGGAACAAAGGUAGUACGAUCAUAAAACAAAAAACUAACUCUCAAUCUCUGUUAACAAUAUUCAGUGCUACUGUAAUAAAAAUACAUAAUUAGUUGCCAUGGCAAAGGCUCGUAUCUAACAGUAUUGUACAGGGGAGCUCAAAAUCAUUAAGUUUGAAAACUACGUUUACAAAUAGAAAUCCAAAUACUGUAAAGUAGUCCCCAAAAGCUUAUGUGAUUGCCAAUUACACUUAGCUGUUGUAAGCAAAUUGUUUCUUGGCUGUUGGUAGGAAUAAAAGAAACAAUACUAUUGAACUCUAUUCCAGUGAUACUUGCUGAGUAGAUCAAUACUGUCAUCUGAAGUCAGGUUUUAAAUGAUGUCUUCUUCAGUGUAUAUGACAUUUCAGUCUUGUAACGUACUCAGUCAGACCAUUAUAUAUGACUUAAAACACAUCCUUUGAAAUAAGUGUUCUAAGAAUAGCUGGUAUGCACAUUGUUGAGCCUGCUCGUACCUUUCCUUGUGUCUACUAGCCUCUGAGAACCUCAAUAAAGUAUUUUUACAUAAAGCUUGCUAAAUACUUCAUGGUAAACAGGGCAUUGUUGGAAAUUACAAAUCCAAUUGAAAACCAGAACACCUACAGAUUUGUCUGAGGACACAAUUAAAGCCUACGCAUUUGGAAAACAAACACAAAUCCCCAAAUAAGCUCCUCAAACAGCUGGAUUUCUCUUACCACUGAUUAGCAAGGUCCUGACAGCACAGUUAAGUCCAUGGUGAAAGCAUACCACUUAAUUCUUUCCAAGACUAGUUCUUUUGCAAAGCAUGUUUCACACAUCUUAGAACGAACUCUUCCUGUGACUCAAAAAAUCCACUGGUCUGCCUAAAAAAAGACAAAUUAAUAAUAUGAACAAGUUACUUGUUCCCAGUUGUGUUCCUCUUCAUUUGUUCAGAAAGAGAGGUAGGACUACUCGAUUAUUUAGUCUGAUUAUAGAAAGGCUAGCAGUUGCAUAUACCAAAGGAAAAGAGUGGAAGGAUUAUUGUCUCUUUUUACUACCUGGUAUUAGGUAGUAAAUAAAUAGAGGUUACCUUCUCCACGUUCUCAUUGUCCAGAAAAAGGAUUUUGUUAUUUUCUUUUAAGCUUAAAAGAAGAGACCAUCCUAUAUGAUCUUCCAUGGGUCAGUGGAAGGUUGCUGAAGUACAGUAGAGGCCAACCAUCUACUAAAAUUAUAUUAAAUGGGUUGCAAAAUAGAAGUAGGCCCCAUUUCAUGUGGUCUUCCCUCAUUCAAAGGGGCACCUUUAUCCAGAAAGCUUUAUUCAGCUCCUUAAGUUAUGCCCACAACGCUUGCUCCUGUACCACUUCUUUCUUGCCCCUACAUGACACAAAAGAACAUCUUUUGCACUUGUAGAGCACACAUCCAUCUAAUACCCCAAUUUCUGCCCAUCAGUCUUCAGCCUACUUGCAAAUAAACAUUGAGCAUGUGCCAUCUGCCACCAUCAAGACUAGCAUGAUGCUGUAACUCACUAUUGAGAGCUUAGUCCUUACAUCUGUUAGUAGAAUAGCUUUCUCUGGAAACCUUUAAGUCAAAAUAGAUACCAGUUAUGUAAUUUAACAAAACUGAAUACAAUUAUAGCGCAAAGCACCCGGUUGGGCUCCUUCCAUUUUCCCUUGUUGUCUCUGACCUGCCUAUGGGCAGAAGGAGCCGUUCAAUUCAUUUCCAAACAGGAACAGUGAGAUUUACAAUCACAGCUUUUAUUCCUGCAUGAUAAAAUGAGGAUUGAAAAAUCACGGACACUGGGAAAAGGAAACAAGAGAAACCAAUGAUGUCCCCAUCACAUUGACAGAGGUAAUGUUUUAAUUGUAUCAUUGUGAAUUGUCAAGAUGAGAAAAAAAAUAGUCCCAGAAUUAAUAUAAAUUCUCAAAUAAGAUACAAGUAAAGCGUCAUUUCCCUCUAAACCAGUUUCUAGGGAAACACGACUUGGCGAACUUCUAGAAUGCUUCGUAGCAUAUUAUCUCAUCUUAUAUGAGAGGCUGUAUACGUAUAUAUGCCCAUGCUUGUAUCCACACAUGUAUGCAUGCUCGGCAAUAAAUGUUUCAAUGACUAAACACA